AUGUACCUCGGCAUCCAGAGUCGCAGACAGAAGGAGAACCAGCGACGCUUCUACUGGGCCAUGAUGUACGAGUAUGCCGAUGUCAACAUGCUCCGUCUACUGGAGACAUUUCUGGAGAGCGCUCCACAGCUGGUGCUUCAGCUCUGCAUCAUGAUCCAGAAGAACCGAGCCGAAAAGCUGCAGUGUGUGUCAGCGGUUGCGUCUCUCCUCUCUCUCUCCUGGGUUCUGGCCUCGUACCACAAGCUUCUACGUGAUUCCCGCGACGACAAAAAGAGCAUGAGCUAUCGGGGAGCACUGGUGCAUCUCAUGUGGCGUUUCUUCACUAUUUCUUCCCGGGCUCUAUCCUUCGCCCUCUUCGCCUCAGUUUUCCACCUCUACUUUGGCAUUUUCGUGGUGCUGCACUGGUGUGCCAUGGCCUUCUGGGUAAUCCACGGAGGCACCGACUUCUGCAUGUCCAAAUGGGAGGAGGUGCUAUUCAACAUGCUGGUAGGCGUGGUCUACGUCUUCUGCUGGUUUAACGUCAAGGAGGGAAGGACCCGAUACCGCAUGGUGGUUUAUUAUUCGCUGGUGCUGGUAGAAAAUACCAUUCUGACUGCUCUGUGGUAUGCCUACAGAGACCCGGUCACAACGGACUCUUACGCUGCAUCGGCUCUCUGCGGCGUCUUCCUCUGUUUCAUGUCUGGAGUCGCCUGCAUGGUCCUUUACUACGGGGUUCUGCAUCCCAUGGGGCCCAGGCUAAGGGUGCUGGCCAGUUCCUGUUGUGCUGAGCUGCUCUGGGGUCUCCCUUUACCUCCAGAGGCCGAGCCUAUGGCACCCACACCAGGGCCUCGGGGCUCCCAAGCCACCCCAACCAGAGCCAUGGGUUCAGGAGACUAUGUAGAGUCGGAGGAAGCUGCCACAGAUACUUGCCUGCCGGUGUUUCAGGUGAGAUCCACAGAGCCCACCGAUGCGGCGGGCAGGCCCAUUCCUCAAGAAGGGCCACUAAUCAAGAUUGACAUGCCCAGAAAGCGCUACCCGGCCUGGGAUGCUCACUUUGUGGACCGCCGCUUGCGGAGGACCAUAAACAUUCUCCAGUACAUCAGCCCCAACGCAGUGGGCAUCAGGUACAGGGAUGGACCCCUGCUCUACGAGUUGCUCCAAUACGAGUCCUCCCUAUGAAGGCGUCCAAUGCCUCCCUUUUCCAUGCCCUCUCUGGUUCUCCACUUCCCUUGGUGCUUUUUUCUUCGAAAAUUUUAUUUAGUUGUACUCUCAAGUUAAGAGAGUGCAUCUAAGGUCUACAAAGAGUCUAAACAGAGAAUAUUCUACAUAUAUUUUGACAAACACAGUAUACAGAUGGAGGACAAAUAUUCAGAUAUACAACAUUCCCUAGUUUGGAUAGUUAUGGUGUGAGUGUUCUACUAAUGUGUGUGUGUGUGUGUGUGUGUGCAGUGUGUAAUGUUGUUUAUGGCCCUGUGAACUUUGACAUUUGCAAUGCAUGAUGGGAAUGAUGGAGGAACAUAGUCUUUAACAUCCUCAUUCUGAUUUCAUUUUGACCAUUUUGUGCCUACUUUUUUCCAAGCGGAUGCGAUGAAAAAUAGAAUACAGCUAACGUAAAUGAUGGCAAAAGAUCAUUAUAAGCUAGACACAAUGGCCCACAUUAUCCUGCGGCUAACGGGGAUACUUUAAACAAAAACUUUAAAACUAAAUAAAAAUGAAAACAUAAAACCAAAAGGUGAAGAGCAAUGAUGUCCUAUUUGGUGAAAAUGUGUGUGUUUACCUACCAUAUAACACUGCCACUGGCAUUUUGAACAUAAUAAGGGCCUUAACAUUUUAUAUAUUUCUAAGAUAGUCUUUGGCCAUUGAUGGCCUUUGAUGCUAUCUUCUAUUCUGUAAUGAGUAUAUAAGGUUAACACUUUACAUUAAAGAGUUAGUUUACCAGAGAAAGAAAAAGCUGUCAUGAAUAAGUCACCCUCAUGUCGUUCCACAUCCGUAAGACCUUCGUUCAUCUUCGAAACACAAAAAAUCAUAUACAUAUAUACACUUAAUUGAAUUUUUGACCAUUCUUCUAAAAGCACAUUUGUAAGGUCAGACACUGAUGUUGGAUGAGAAGGACACUGAUGUUGUUCUGAUUCAUCCCAAAGAUGUUCUGUGCAGGCCAGUCAAGUACCUCCACACCAAACUCGCUCAUCCAUGUCUUUAUAUGACUUGCUUUGUGGUGCACAGAAAAGGGCCAUCCCCAAACUGUUCCCACAAAGUUGGGAGCAUGACAUUGUCCAAAAUUUCUUGGUAUGAUGAAGCAUUAAGAGUCCCUUCAAUGCAACUAAGGGGUCAAGCCCAACCCCUGAUACACAACCCCACACCAUAAUCCCCUCUCUCCACCUAACUUGACACUUGGCACAAUGCAGUCAGGCAAGUACCAUUCUCCUGGCAACUGCAUUCAACUUGGUGAUGUAAGGCUUGGAUGCAGCUGCUCGGCCAUGGUAACCCAUUCCAUGAAGCUCUCUAAGCACUGCUCUUGAGCUAAUCUGAAGGCCACAUAAAGUUUGGAGGUCUGUAGUGAUUGACUUUGCAGACUUCUGUGCACUGAGCACCUUAGCUGACGCCGGUCUGUGAUUUUACGUGGCCUACCACUUCGUGGCUUAGUUGCUGUUGUUCCCAAUUGCUUCCAUUUUGUUAUAAUAUUACUAACAGUUAACCAUGGAAUAUUCAGUAGUGAGGAAAUUUCACGAAUGGACUUAUUGCACAGGUGGCAACCUAUCACUGUACGACACUUGAAUUCAUUGAGCUCCAGAUAACGACCCAUUCUUUCAAAAAGCUGUCUGCAUGCUUAGGUGAUUGAUUUUAUACACC